AGCGACCCGGCGGCUCAGAGCGUUGCGCCCGCGGGAGCCGGUGCCGCGGCCCAUGUCCCUGCGCUCCUCGCCGCUGCGGACCCCCAGGAUGAAGAAGGAGGAGACCUUCCUGGGCAAGCUGGGCGGCACGCUGCGGAGGAAGAAGGCCCGCGAGGUGAGCGACCUGCAGGAAGAAGGCAAGAAUGCCAUCAACUCGCCCCUGGCGCCUUCCUUGGCGGACCUGCACCCUGAGGACACCCUGCUAGAGGAGAAUGAGGAGCGCACGAUGAUCGACCCCACCUCCAAGGAUGACCCCAAGUUCAAGGAGUUGGUCAAGGUUCUCAUCGACUGGAUCAACGAGGUGCUGGUGGAGGACAGGAUCAUCGUGAAGCAGCUGGAGGAGGACCUGUUUGAUGGGCAGGUGCUGCAGAAGCUGCUGGAGACGCUGGCGGGCUGCAAGCUGAACGUGGCCGAGGUCACGCAGUCGGAGAUCGGGCAGAAGCAGAAGCUGCAGACGGUGCUGGAGGCCGUGCAGGAGCUGCUGCGGCCCCACGGCUGGGCGCUGCCCUGGACGGUGGACGCCAUCCACGGGAAGAACCUGGUGGCCAUCCUGCACCUGCUGGUGUCGCUGGCCAUGCACUUCCGGGCGCCGAUCCGCCUGCCCGAGCACGUCUCCGUGCAGGUGGUGGUCGUGCGGAAGCGGGAAGGCCUGCUGCACUCCAGCCACGUCAUCGAGGAGCUGACCACGACCACCGAGCAGAUGAUGGGCCGGUUUGAGCGCGAUGCCUUCGACACGCUGUUCGACCACGCCCCGGACAAGCUGAGCCUGGUGAAGAAGUCUCUCAUCACCUUCGUGAACAAGCACCUGAACAAGCUGAACCUGGAGGUGACGGAGCUGGAGACCCAGUUCGCAGACGGCGUGUACCUGGUGCUGCUCAUGGGCCUGCUGGAGGACUACUUCGUGCCCCUGCACCACUUCUACCUGACGCCAGACAGCUUCGACCAGAAGGUCCACAACGUGUCCUUCGCCUUCGAGCUCAUGCUGGACGGGGGCCUCCAGAAGCCCAAGGCCCGGCCGGAAGACGUGGUGAGCCUGGACCUCAAGUCCACCCUGCGGGUCCUCUACAACCUGUUCAACAAGUACAAGAACGCCGAGUGACCCGCGGCCGCCCCUGCUCCCACCGCCCGUCUCUCCCUGCCCCCACCCCGCUCCUGCCCGUGUCCGGAGCCGCAGGGCUGAGGGGCUCCCGGCUGCGGCCUGGACCAGGCGAUGGAAAGGAAGGCGCCGGAACCCAGGCCUCAGCCGCGGGAGGCCCCGCUCCGUCUGCCGCACCGCCAGGGUCCCGGGCGUCGUCCGAGAGGCGUAGCUCGCCCUCCUGGCGGGACCUCCGGCGCUCCCCUCGGAACGGGCCUGAGUGAAGAGCGAUCUGCGGUUUUAAAAACUCCGUCCGGCCCAGCAGCCGCGGCUGCGGCAGGAAUGGCCCUGCGUCCCUGCUCCUGGCCCUCGUGUGUGUGCGCCUUGUUUUCACUAACGUCUAAGGCCCCGCCGCCCCCCCCGCCGCCCAGGGAGGGUCCCGCAGGGGGGCCUGUGUCUGUGCGGGGGGGUGGGUUCCUUCGGAGCCGCCCUCCGUGGCCUGCAGACCCCGUCCUCCCUCGUCCUCCCCUGUCCCCCCGGGGUCCCGCUGUGUGUGUGCCCUGGCCUCUUCGUACAAGGACCCCAGUCCCGCUGGGCUGCACCGGCCCCGGGACCCGAUCACCGCAUCCCUCCGGCUGUGCUUUCUGAGGCCCCGGGCAGGGCUCCGCUCGGGGUUCUGGGCCCGCAGCCCCUGCAGGAGGGAGCGACGUGUUCCUCUCGAUCCCGGAGUCUGGCACCUGCCCUGGGCCCGGCAGGACAGGGCUCCCUCACCCCCUGCUGCUCACCCCGUGCCCCCGCGGCGCCUGCCGGGUCAGCCCCUGACCUCGUCCCCAGCGCCCCAGCUGGGGCUUAGGAUGGGGUGCGAAC